UUUCAUUGGCUGCUGCAAUCUCCUUCAAUCACUUUAUCUUCUUGACCGAACGCAGACGGAGGUGACAACUGAUAAGUUACGGUCAAAAUGGCUGCUACGAUCACUGGAGUCGGAAUUGGAUUAGGGCUAUCAUGUUCUUCUACUGGGAAUCUCUCCCAAAGAAAGAGAGGAAAUCCUUCAUGGAGAUCGUCUUGUUGUAGCGUGAAAAUGGCGCUCUCUGUGGAAGAGAUGAAGAAUUACACAAUCAAAAAAUCCGAAGAAGCUUUCAAUGUAGCCAAGGAGCUGAUGCCGGGAGGUGUAAAUUCACCGGUACGGGCUUUUAAAUCCGUUGGUGGACAACCUAUAGUGAUGGAUUCUGUGAAGGGCUCUCGCAUGUGGGACAUUGACGGCAAUGAGUACAUUGACUAUGUUGGUUCUUGGGGUCCAGCAAUAAUUGGUCAUGCGGAUGAUCAGGUACUUGCAGCCUUGGCUGAAACGAUGAAGAAAGGUACCAGCUUUGGUGCCCCUUGUCUUCUAGAGAAUGUAUUAGCAGAGAUGGUGAUCAAAGCAGUUCCAAGCAUAGAAAUGGUACGAUUCGUCAAUUCAGGCACAGAGGCUUGCAUGGGUGUGCUUCGCCUAGCCCGUGCCUUCACUCGACGGGAGAAGCUUAUCAAGUUUGAGGGUUGUUACCAUGGCCAUGCUGAUCCUUUCCUUGUCAAGGCAGGAAGUGGUGUUGCUACAUUAGGUCUGCCAGACUCUCCUGGUGUCCCCAGAGCAGCAACCUAUGAAACUCUAACAGCCCCCUUCAAUGACUUGGCCGCAGUGGAAAAACUUUUUGAGGCAAAUAAAGGAGAGAUUGCAGCAAUAAUACUCGAACCUGUUGUUGGAAAUUCUGGUUUUAUUGCACCUAAACCAGAAUUCCUUGAUGCCAUCUGCAGGAUAACCAAAGAAAAUAAUGCACUUCUAAUAUUCGAUGAAGUUAUGACUGGAUUCCGUUUGUCAUACGGUGGAGCUCAGGAGUAUUUUGGCAUAACACCUGAUCUAACAACGCUGGGGAAGAUCAUUGGUGGGGGUCUACCAGUUGGUGCAUAUGGGGGAAGGAGGGAGAUUAUGGAGAUGGUUGCACCUGCAGGACCAAUGUAUCAGGCUGGGACUUUGAGUGGGAAUCCAUUGGCAAUGACUGCAGGGAUACACACCCUAAAGCGGUUGCAGGAACCAGGAAGUUAUGAAUACUUGGAUAAGAUCACAGGUGAACUUGUGCAAGGAAUUCUGGAUGCUGGCAAGAGGGCUGGGCAUGCUAUGUGUGGCGGGCAUAUCAGUGGGAUGUUUGGCUUUUUCUUCACAGAAGGACCCGUUUACAACUUCAGUGAUGCAAAGAAAAGUGACACUGCAAAAUUUGCCAGGUUUUACCAAGGAAUGCUGGAGGAAGGUGUAUACUUUGCGCCUUCACAAUUUGAGGCUGGAUUUACAAGCUUGGCACAUUCUGCUGAAGACAUCCAACAUACAAUAACAGCAGCCGAUAAAGUUUUCCGUCGGAUUUAGAUUUUAAAUCUUUGUAUCGCUGGCCUAGGUCCCAACCUCUUUUAUCCUCUUUCAUUUCGCAUGUGACCCCACUUUUCCAUUGGCAUACCAUCACCAUUAGAGACACCAUAGCCUUUCUAUGAAUGAAUCGUCAAAUUUACUUUGAUCACUUCUGCCCGGUAAGAGUUUGUAUUUUUUCCCCAGGCGAUCAGAACGUUUUGAUGUUUGUAAUUCUAUGUAUCAUUCGCUUCUAAGGCUUUUUUAUGAUAUUGGCUUGUCAUAAUUCUCAUA